GCACUGCACUUGCUAUAGCUUUUCAUGGAGAAACAACCUCUCUAAUGCCAAGGUUGAGAGGGAUAUAUUCUGACGAAGAUUCAAUGUAGAUAUAUGCGCAACAACAGGCAAUUAUAAUGCAGGAAUACUUUAAGUGAAAAUUAUGAUGUUCUGUAAUUCUCCAUAAUGAAGUCCGAGUGAGGGGUAAGCUUAUAAGCGUUCUGGUCGUGUUUACAACCACUACAGUGCGCAGGUAGAAGCAAACGUCGACGCCACCAGCAGUGCAUGGUUUCGUCACCCUAUUGCUUUUUGUGAGCUGAUCAAAAUUGGACCAAAGCAAUAACAGGAAUCAUGGUGACUAAGAAAAUCCGUACAGAGUACAUGAAGAAAUUCAAAGAGCCGAAAUGGGAGACGUUUUCCAAGUGCUACGAGGACUCAGUGAAGUACAGGUUGUCUAGGCGGGUGAUGGAGCACGCUCACAAACCUCUGUGGUUCUGGGAGGGGUGGGAUACCUCGACCGGGUCAGACUCCAGCGCCAGUGGGUGGUCGACCCCCAAGAUGAGGAAUAAAGUCGCGCCUUUAGACGUCAAACCUCAGACACCAUCAGUGAAGUCAGAAUCAAGGGAGAGCCCGGAACCGAAGCCUUCUUCUGUGAAUGGGGAACCAGAAUUGGAGGCCAAGGAGUUUACCCUCUUGGAUGCACUACCACCCACAGAGUCUGUAAUAGAGAACGGGGGCCUAAACGAACCAGACGAGGGGACAGUUAGCGGGUCAGUAGUACAAAAUGGUCCAGCAGCUGAAACUCCAACAGAUGAGGGACCAGCAGACAAGACGUCAUCAGACGAGGAGCCGGUGAAGACUGAGCCUAAGCGUCGCCACCGCCAUCGUGUCCCUCGCUCAGAACCCUGUCAAAGGGACUGUUCCCGUGACGACAUCAAGUCUGCACCCAUCAGGAAGCCCUCCAGAGCAAAGAGCCAGCCCCCGACCAUCACCACAGAGAAGGAGAACAGACAACCUUCCUCCCGGCUCGACUGGGCAGAGAGACACGCGUCGUCUGCUAGGAGGUCUACAAAUGAGAGUCGCACAUCCGACGCAUGCGUCCAGACCAGACGGGAGUCGGAUAAACGCUGUUCGAAUCUGGACCGGAGGAGGGCACGGUCCGCCGACCUGGAGAAGAUACGGCGGUUGGAGUUGGCCGUGGUAGAUGACCGUUGGAUGACCGAGUACAUGCGCUGCUUCUCUGCCCGGUUGAGGUAGAGCAUAAGGAUCAUGGGUAUUCCACCGCCACCGUCGACCAUUCAAUUUUUAACACCAUGUUUUCUUAUUGAGGAUUGGUUAACAGAACAAAAUGACUGGAUUGGUUUAGACACGAAUUAGGGCCCUGAGGUUUUCCUUGCCACGUACAUUUACAUUUUCGUCAUUUAGCAGACGCUCUUAUCCAGAGCGUAACCUGACUAGGAAGAACUCAGGGCCCUAAUCAUAAGGUAUGGUUGAUUUGUUAAGUUGAUCGCUUAGUUGGCCAUAUGCCACUUUUCUUCUUUCUUUCACAAGGGAUGGAACAAUCAUAGUAGAAUAUUGAAAGAUAUGUAGUUAUGCUUUGAGAAAUUGGACUGGUUUGUGCAUUUUUAUGCUGCUGACUACAGAGUAUGAUUUGUACUGUAUUAUUAUAAAUUCCAAGCAAGAUUAUGGUUUUUACACAUCGCUUUAGUUUGGUGGCAUUUUUGACAUUCUGUGUUGCUUAUGUCAUUUCAGGCUCUAUCACAAAGGCAGCUGCAUAAAAUCAGAAAGUUAGAUCAGGGGUAUUCAACCGGGAGUACUGCAGGGGGUCCACAAUAAUAAACAUAAAAAGCUACAGUAAAAAAUAGAAGAAUAUUUUCUUUUUAAUGAUGUCAAAUGUAUUUCUCAACUCCUAAUAUUGAGCAAAUUACACUAAUUGGAGCUAAUUACACUCACUGGAGUAUCUGACAUACUGUAGGCUUUGACAAAGCACCCGCUGGUAAGCUUUCUUGUUUUGUUUUAGCCAAAACGUGGCAAAAAUAAAUGUUUGGAGUUACCUUUCUAGCUAAUAGGCUAUGAAAAACGAUCUACCAAAUCGAUUAAUUUAAAAAUGUUGAUUCAUUCUCCUUGCCAUUCACCUGAUGAUAAGACAAGACAUGCAGGGGGAAAAAAGCUAGCAUAUGAUGAGGGUCCCUGGGUUGCCGGUUUGCUUGGGCGUGGGUCCCUAUGCAAGAAAAGGUUGAAGACCCCUGAGUUAGAUGUAAGGACCAAACAAUUAUUGUUUUAGAUAUUACAGUAUUUUUGAGCUACUAAAAGCCAUAGCCAAGGGGCUGCAGAGAAAUAAACUGUUAGCGGGGUAAUAUCCUGCAUUAGCUUUAUUGUAUUUUGUUGCAAAUUUCCAUCUAAAUGUAGAAUGCAUUCCAGAGGCUUGUAUUGUUAAUAUUUUCAUUUAAAUGUAAAGCUCUUAUCAACAGCACAAUGGAAACUGUUGUAAAGUUGGAGAAAGAUACUGUUAGACAUUGUAUGACAUAGUUAUUGUGCUCACACCUGUAUUUCCUGUUCUUUAUAUCUUGGCUAGCCUGGAAACUAACCAUCCUGAUCUCGCGAGCUCACAUUCUGUUUCGCUACACAGAUCCAGAACGUAAGCACGCGAGAUCAGGAUAGUUCGUACGAGGCGCCAUCUUGGCAGCUUCACCCUCCAAUUUAGGGUUGUCUUAUAUUUUACAAUCACAAACACUCACUGCCUCAAGUUUUGUAGUAGACAGGCUGAAAUUGCAAUGUAACGUGGUAAAGAAAUGCCCUAAUGUGCUACAUCACCAAAUACGCUUUUUAGAGUAUGUCACUCACACCAUCACCAUUGUCUUUGACAGGUUUUCGUAUAUGUACUUAUUUGAUGGUUAUUCAUACUGAAUUGUGAUGUCAGUACCAAUUUAUGUAUCUGUAAUUGAAAAUUAGGGCUAUUUUGAUAGAAAUGAAGUGUUGUAUUUGAAAUAUAGGUUGUUGUGGGUUGUGAUUCAUGCUCAGUUUACAUACAUUUCCUAUUUUAUGCUAUGCUUAUACAUAGUACUAUUCACUCAGAAUGUUUUUACUCAGAAUGUAUACUUUUACAUUUCACCAAAUCAUUCACUUUCACCUCUAUCUUAGCUUAGGAACGGUUCCGUUGGAAUGACGUUUCCAGAACGUCUCACGGGGAACCUUGUUGGACACCAGCAGUUUUUUGGAGUGUUGAAAAGGGUGUGGCUUUAAUUGACUAAUGCGUGUACAAUCUGAUGAGACUUCCCUUGUGUCCGCCAGAGGGGAGUCUUUAGUGUGUGUGGUUGGUUGUGGUUGUAGAGGCAGAGAGAGCUCACUGUUAAGACGAUUACCGACUGGCAUUAUCUUAUGGUCAUCUUUAUUCAGAGUGGUCAAAGAUCCAUUGGUGGUCAUGUGACACCUCCCUCCUAUGUCAUCAUGGGUUGGCAAAACAACCCAGUAAUUCUUUACUUGAACAUUACAUUAUAAGAAGUCAUAGGUUUUUAUGUCAGGUUAUGACUAAGUCAUGAAAACUGAAGAGCUGGCUGCUUAAAUCACAGACAGGUUUGAGUAAAGUGUCUGUGUGUUCAUUGUCCUUUAAAACAUUCCUUUAUGAAUAUGUUCAUUCCAUGAACCAUCUCUCAGGAAGGAAUAAGAGACACUAAUGAUGUGUCUAAAGGCUUACUGUAACUACAAUGUGAGGAAAUGUGAUGGACUGUUUCAGGGGCUUGGAACACACUGUUUCAAAACUAAAUUGAUUGUUUUAUAUAGGAGAUUAAUUGUUUGAGCUCUCUGAACAACGCUUAGAGUUAUUUUUAUGUGUGGAUUUGAUUUGCAUAAGAUAUUAUUUGACCAAAAGUGAUAUAUGUCUCAUACAAUAGUAUAUAUAACCAUGUUUGUGUUUUAUUUCAACAGAUGUUUACAUUUUUGAUCACUGUAUUUGUAUUUGAAAACAUGCACAAUUAUAUAUAUUUUUGUCCACUUUGAAACAUUGCUGUGAAUUAAAAUAAUAUUUGAAUAGUU